CUUUGAAAAGAUCUCCACACACGGAGAUCGGACGUGUAUCGGUUCUAACUGACGCCAUAAACCCCUUCCAGUUCGAACCCAAAAGCCCUACCCGCCCCCUCUCCCACCUGCAAAUUCACAUCGACGACGGUCCAAUCUCCCCUUCGCCAUCGUCAUCACCUUCGCAAUAAUCUUCUCCUCAGGAUUUGAAUUUCGCAUCUUCGAUUUCUGUGUGAGCCCGUGAUUGUGACGGAGUUCAAAAUCGUGGGCAAAUAUGGAGGGAGGUGUUCGAGAAUCUGCUGUGGUACCCGAGAAAGUGAUGGAUUCAGUGAAGAUGACAUUGGACAACGUAGAACAAGUCCAAACUCACCUUAUUUCCUUCCUGUCUAUCGCGGAGCCCGAUGUUCUUGCUCAAAUGCGGCCUCUCCAGCGGGCUCAAUCUAUGCUUUUGCUUUCUAGAGCCACUACCACUCUCUUUGCAUUAAAGUUGAGGUGUAGCGGAGUUCAUCCAGAUGAUCAUCCUAUCAAGUCAGAGCUUGAGAGAUUAAGCUUGUAUCAAGAGAAACUAGAACGGUUCAUAGGCUUGAGUAAAGCACCAUUGAAGCGUUCAACUACCUUGAAUUAUCAAGCAGCUACUCGCUUUAUUGAACAUUCUCUGCCAGAUCUCACCCAAGAGCAAAAACAGGGUAUGAGAGAUAUUAGUAGGGGGAAGGGACCCAAAAUGAAGCAAGUAGAGAGGACUGUACAAAAGAAGAGGAAGUAUCAAUCUUCUGAAAAACAAUCUGUUCAAAUUGCUGCCAAGGAGUUUCUUGAGAAAGCAGCUCGUGAGCUUCUUGGUGAUAAUAAUGGAGGUUUGCAGGGACCUCUAUGUGGGGACGCUUCAAAUGAUGAUCUGCAGGAAGAUUGAAUUCCGAAUUUCACUUGGAUUAUGAAAACCAGGUACGCCCUGGUGCCCUUAUAAUAACCCAACUCCUGAAGAUUUGGUCCAUUUUGAAGUUGGAGAGGAUCGUCUGUUUUCUUUUUUCUCCCCUCCUAGUUUCUCCCUACAACAUCUAAGUCGUUUUCCUUCUACUUUAUCUAAGAAGUCUUUAUAUAUAUAUAUAUAUAUAUAUAUAUAAGUUACUAUUAGGACCUGGUUGGGAUUUGGCACUCUACUUUUCCUGGUUUCUUCUGUGCCGUUUAUAUGUAAAGUAGCCUAUUAUGAUAGCUGAAUUUCUAUUGUUUUUUGGUUGUAUAUCAAUCAUCAUCUUGUUACGUGGAUUAGCCUUUUGCCAUAAAUUAAUAAUAUAUGUUCGUUCUG